UGUAUGCGGGAGAAGGAAGGGGUGGGAAUCUGAGGAGGAGACUAUCUUUUUAUUAUUAUUUUAAAUUUUUUUUUAAUAUCAUUUUCGCCGUACAAAGAGGACGCUCGGAAUUCACCGGCCUGUCGGCUCCCGAGAGGGACCCGGGAAUUGUGCGGUCGCUUUUCUUCAUCUGCUUUUUUUUUGUUUGUUUGUUUGUUUCGUUGGUUGGUUUGGUUUUUUUGUUUGUUUUGACUGGGGGCUUUUUAUUUUUAUUACUCUCCUUAUCGUUCCCCGCUGAGCAGCGGCGGCAGCAGCAGCAAUAUGGCUGGUGAUGGGCUUUUUGGGGGGCGCUGGCGGCGGGAGGAGCUCUCGGAAGCCCCUGCGCGCCCGGCUCGCUGUUAGCUAUGGCAAAUGGCAGCGGCGGCGGCUCCUACCCGGGCGGCAGCGGCAGCGGCAUUAGAAUGAGUAACAAUAUCAACGCCAACAAUCUCAACACAGACUCGUCCUCCUCCCCCGUCAAUGUGCCCAAGAUGGAUGCGCUCAUCAUCCCGGUGACCAUGGAGGUGCCCUGCGAUAGCCGCGGACAGCGCAUGUGGUGGGCUUUCCUCGCCUCAUCCAUGGUUACUUUCUUUGGGGGACUGUUUAUCAUCCUGCUGUGGAGGACCCUCAAGUACCUGUGGACUGUCUGCUGCCACUGCGGGGUCAAAAACAAGGAGGCCCAGAAGAUCAAUGGUGGUGGAGAUACGCAGGCAGAUGGAGCCUGCAAACCAACAGAUGAAAAAGAGGAGAAUGUGGCAGCAGAAGUGGGAUGGAUGACGUCUGUGAAGGAUUGGGCAGGAGUCAUGAUAUCUGCCCAGACAUUAACUGGCAGAGUACUUGUUGUCUUAGUCUUCGCUCUUAGUAUUGGUGCUCUUGUAAUAUACUUCAUAGAUUCAUCAAACCCAAUAGAAUCCUGCCAGAAUUUCUACAAAGAUUUCACAUUACAGAUCGACAUGGCUUUCAAUGUGUUCUUCCUACUCUACUUCGGCUUGCGUUUUAUAGCAGCCAAUGACAAGCUAUGGUUUUGGCUAGAAGUUAACUCAGUGGUAGAUUUCUUCACGGUCCCUCCAGUGUUUGUGUCAGUAUAUUUAAACAGAAGUUGGCUUGGUUUAAGAUUUUUAAGAGCUCUUAGACUGAUACAAUUUUCAGAAAUCUUGCAAUUUCUGAAUAUACUUAAAACAAGCAAUUCCAUCAAGCUAGUGAAUCUGUGCUCUAUAUUUAUCAGCACGUGGCUGACAGCAGCUGGGUUCAUACAUUUGGUGGAGAACUCAGGGGAUCCAUGGGAAAAUUUCCAAAAUAACCAACCCCUAACAUACUGGGAAUGUGUUUAUUUGCUGAUGGUCACAAUGUCCACUGUUGGCUAUGGAGAUGUUUAUGCAAAAACAACCCUCGGUCGCCUUUUCAUGGUCUUCUUCAUCCUUGGGGGAUUGGCCAUGUUUGCCAGCUACGUCCCUGAAAUCAUAGAGUUAAUAGGAAACCGCAAGAAAUAUGGUGGUUCCUAUAGUGCGGUUAGUGGAAGAAAGCACAUAGUUGUCUGUGGUCACAUAACACUUGAAAGUGUGUCGAACUUCCUGAAGGACUUCUUGCACAAGGAUAGGGAUGAUGUCAAUGUAGAAAUCGUCUUUCUGCAUAAUAUCUCCCCUAACCUUGAGCUGGAAGCUCUUUUUAAACGACACUUCACUCAGGUGGAAUUUUAUCAGGGUUCAGUCCUUAAUCCCCACGACCUGGCGAGAGUGAAGAUAGAGUCAGCAGAUGCGUGCCUAAUCCUUGCCAAUAAAUACUGCGCUGACCCAGAUGCUGAAGAUGCCUCCAAUAUUAUGAGAGUUAUUUCCAUAAAGAAUUAUCAUCCGAAGAUAAGAAUUAUCACUCAGAUGUUGCAGUACCACAAUAAGGCCCAUCUACUAAAUAUCCCAAGCUGGAACUGGAAAGAAGGGGAUGAUGCAAUCUGUCUUGCUGAGCUGAAGCUGGGUUUCAUAGCCCAGAGCUGCCUGGCACCAGGCCUUUCCACCAUGUUAGCCAACCUCUUCUCCAUGAGGUCAUUCAUAAAGAUUGAGGAGGAUACGUGGCAGAAAUACUACCUGGAAGGAGUUGCAAAUGAAAUGUAUACAGAAUAUCUGUCUAGUGCCUUUGUGGGUUUGUCCUUCCCUGCAGUUUGUGAGCUGGUGUUUGCCAAGCUGAAGCUCCUGAUGAUAGCCAUCGAGUACAAGUCGGAGAAGCGCGAGAGCAGUAUAUUAAUCAAUCCUGGAAACCAUGUCAAGAUUCAAGAAGGUACCUUAGGAUUCUUCAUUGCAAGUGAUGCCAAAGAAGUAAAAAGGGCAUAUUUUUACUGCAAGGCCUGUCAUGAUGACAUCACAGAUCCCAAAAGGAUAAAAAAAUGUGGCUGCAAACGGCUAGCCACAAGGAGAGCAAAGCACAUGGAAAGCAUGCCUGAUGUGGAAGGAAUGUAUGCAUUGCCUAACAUAUUGGAAAAAAAUUGUUCAAGAACAGUUUAUCCAUGUGAGAAUGUGACCUUUGAACUGCUGCCAAAGCCAAUGAGUCUGCUGAUUGAAGAUGAGCAGCCGUCGACACUAUCACCCAAAAAAAAGCAGCGAAAUGGAGGCAUGAGAAAUUCACCCAACUCCUCGCCCAAACUGAUGAGGCAUGACCCCUUGUUAAUUCCUGGCAACGAGCAGAUUGACAAUAUGGAUGCCAACGUGAAAAAAUACGACUCUACAGGGAUGUUCCAUUGGUGUCCAGCCAAAGACAUCGAAAAGGUCAUUUUGACUCGAAGUGAAGCAGCGAUGACAGUUUUAAGUGGGCAUGUAGUCGUGUGCAUAUUUGGGGAUGUUAAAUCUGCUUUGAUUGGAUUAAGAAAUUUAGUGAUGCCAUUACGAGCCAGCAACUUUCACUACCAUGAACUCAAGCACAUUGUGUUUGUGGGUUCACUUGAAUACCUGAGAAGGGAAUGGGAGACACUGCAUAACUUCCCCAAGGUUUCAAUCUUGCCUGGUACACCAUUAAGUCGGGCUGAUUUAAGGGCUGUCAACAUCAACCUCUGCGACAUGUGCGUUAUCCUGUCAGCCAAUCAGAAUAAUAUUGAUGAUGCUUCGCUGCAGGACAAGGAAUGCAUCUUGGCGUCACUCAACAUCAAAUCUAUGCAGUUUGAUGACAGCAUUGGGGUCUUGCAGGCUAAUUCCCAAGGCUUUACACCUCCUGGGAUGGAUAGAACAUCUCCAGACAAUAGUCCAGUCCAUGGCCUUUUACGUCAACCCUCCAUUACAACAGGAGCCAACAUCCCUAUAAUAACAGAGCUAGUAAAUGAUUCAAAUGUUCAGUUCUUGGACCAAGACGACGAUGAUGAUCCCGACACAGAACUGUAUCUCACGCAGCCUUUUGCCUGUGGAACCGCAUUUGCUGUCAGCGUGCUGGACUCUCUCAUGAGCGCAACAUACUUCAAUGACAAUAUCCUCACACUGAUACGGACAUUGGUAACAGGAGGAGCCACACCAGAGCUGGAAGCACUGAUUGCUGAGGAAAAUGCAUUGAGAGGAGGUUACAGCACGCCCCAGACACUUGCAAACAGGGACAGGUGUCGAGUUGCUCAGUUGGCUUUGUAUGAUGGGCCAUUUGCAGACCUAGGGGACGGAGGUUGUUAUGGAGAUCUGUUUUGUAAAGCACUGAAAACAUACAAUAUGCUUUGCUUUGGAAUUUAUCGAUUAAGGGAUGCACAUCUAAGCACUCCCAGCCAAUGCACUAAACGUUACGUUAUCACAAACCCACCAUACGAAUUCGAGCUUGUGCCGACGGACUUGAUCUUCUGUUUGAUGCAAUUUGACCACAACGCUGGCCAGUCCCGAGCCAGCCUUUCUCAUUCCUCCCAUUCCUCCUACUCUUCCAGCAAGAAGAGCUCAUCAGUUCACUCCAUCCCAUCAACAGCCAACCGACCGAACCGCACCAAGAGCAGAGAUUCCCGGGACAAACAGAAGUAUGUGCAGGAGGAUAGACUUUGAUAUGUGUAUCUCCUCCCACUGUGUGUGAAACUUGCAUUCACCACCCAUUCUCCCUGGUUAAUGUUUCCAGCAGUAAUGUUCCCUGUUUUCCCAUGGAGUUCUCCCUUUUUUGUACACAUAUUUUGCAUAUGUAUGACAGUGUGCAUGUGAUUGUCAUUUUUAUUUCACCACCAUAAAACCCUUAAGCACAACAGCAACAAAGCAGACGGACCAAAAGUUAUUUAUGAUGCUAGGGGAGAAUAAAAAAAGAAUUCCAAACCCAUAGGCACACUGAAAACAUAAAUAACUCACUGCAGUUACUCUACAUAGCCGAAAAUAGAGUAUAUUUAACACAAACACUUGCUCUUGAUGUCAGAGUUACACAAAGAAAGUCAUUUAGUGCAGAAGUGUUGAUGUAUGUUGCAGUAGGUUUUUUUUAAUACUCAUAUUUACAGGAGCUCAUACAUUUAUUUGAAGCUUAUAAAACUCUCCUAUUGAAAAUAAAAAAAACAACUAAAAUCAUGUAAAAAAAAAAAAAAUCCCUGCUGAUUUUUUCACUCUCAAAGCUUAUAUUAUAUAGGGCUUACACUCCUUGUAUAGAUUAUUGCUAGACAUCUGCUUUAUACCAAAGCAAUAUCAGGGACUUUUCUGCUUGUUUAAGAACUUUCUCUAAAAUACUAGUCUUUUGGAGACGGUGUAUUUUCCCUUUAACACUGAAAUUGUCGGGGCAUGAAGUUUUACAACUCCAGUGGUUUAAGUUUAGAAAGACUCUAAUUGCAUAUUAAAUUAUUAUUCUGUCUAUUUAUAUUGCCACAUGAAUCGCUAUAUAUUCUUUCACUUUUGACAUUUGGGAUAAAAAGCCAUAUGUAUCAUAAAUAUUGGAUGUAAGUCAUUAAAAACUGCCUUCUUGGGAUUUUUACGUCUUUAAAAGGUGAAUUAGUCACCUUAUGUACAGAAUAAAUAAUGUUCAGAAAAGAGCAAGCAUUUUUCUAUGCUUACACAUCAGAUCUCAAGGGACUUUGUUCCUUUCCCCAGAUGGUAGUUUAACUUUUCCAAGUUAGUGUUCAUAUAAAUCUUCCAACAAGAGUCCUAAUAUGUGAAGAACCUCCAGAAAUCUUGCUGCAUGUUCUACCUGUUUUUUUCAACAGGUGCAUGCCAGUAUGCAGGAAUGCAGGGGAGACAACUGAGUGCCUUUAGAUCUCUCCCAUUUGGGGAGAAAAGGUGCUGUGCCCCAGACUGUUAAUGAGGAGAACAAGAGGGCUGGGUUGAAAAUAUUCACAGUGCUGAGGCGUCGAGUUCCAUGCACUUGCCAGAAUUUAGUUCUUGCAAAUUGUCACCAAUGACACAUGUAGCCAAAAAAAAGUUGUGGCAGGGAACUAAAUAAAGUAGUGGAAAGGACCCUGCCCUAGACAGCCAUAGGAAUGAUAGUUCAGGCUUGCUUUUACUUUUUUUUUUCUUGGUUUAAACUUCAGAAGCCAAUGUAUAUUUUGAAAUAUACAGCUAGCUCUAGGUUUAUGGAGGGUUUCCAAGAGUAGGGAGGGCAGAAACAUAUACCCUGUUCCCUGGCUAUCCAGCAAGAAAGCAUGCAGACAGAAAAAUGUUUAGAUCUGGAAUGAUUAGCAUUGUAACUGCCAACCCAAUCAAGGUGCUUUUAUGGUUAGUUUUGUCUUCUACCUUCCCCUUCCCCAAGCAUGAUAAUUUUGAAGAUUUGCUUGCUGUGUGAAUUGACAAUAAAGCCAAGCACUUUUACUGACAAAACCUGGAACCAUGUAAGUGGGCUACAGAGAAUACCACUGUGCAGUGCUGAGCAUAAUGAUUGGAAUACAGUCUAUAUGUGUGAGUGUGCAUUCAAACGCAGCUGUAAGUCCAAUCAGUGAAAUGCAUUGCAAAUUAUGGUUGCUCCCCUACAAAUGAGACUAUUAUAGUCGCUCUUCAUCAUGAAGAAAAAUUCACGCGCUCCUUUUUGCAAAGAAAGUUAUCAUGUUUUGCCCUCAGAAUAUUUAUUGCUACAAGGAUGUGCCAGUUAAAGUGCUCAACCAGAAAUAUGACAGUUUAAAAGCAUUGUAAAACUUACAUAGCUUACUUCUUUUUCUAAAGUGCAACAAGGAUGAAUAGAAUGGGCCAAGGUAUGAAAAUUAAUGGUUCUGCAUGACCUAGCAACUGCUGUGGGUUUCCCUCUAUAACUUUGUCCUUGUGAAAACUUGUGAAAUUAAAAAAAGAUAGUUACAAACCUUA